AUGGCAACCCUCAAUGCACAAGAAGGUCAAUUAGUGUUAAGACCUCCUUUCUUUGAUGGUAAUGACUUCUUGUAUUGGAAAAAUAAGAUGUAUUAUUUCCUUAAAUCAGAAGGGGUUGACUUGUGGGAUGUUGUAGAAAAUGGGCUAUUCACCCCAACUAAAAUUGUUGAUGGUGUGCAUGUAGCUAAGCCUAAGGGUGAAUGGAGUGAGCAAGAGAAAAGAAGAGUGGUUUUAAAUGAUAAGGCUAUUCAUGUUCUAUUUUGUUUAUUAAGUAGAAGUGAAUAUAAUAAAGUGUGUAUGAAGUCUACUGCAAAAGAAAUUUGGGAUACUUUAGUGGUUACUCAUCAGGGUACUAGUCAAGUAAAGGAGAAUAAGAUGGAUUCCCUUAUCUACCAAUAUGAAUUGUUCAAGAUGAAGUCAGAUGAAACCAUAAGUGAAAUGUAUGAUAGAUUUGUGGAGAUUAUAGGAGGAAUUAAAUCUCUUGGGAAGACAUUCACAAAUGAGGAGCUAGUAAAGAAGAUUUUAAGAAGUCUUCCUAAGGAGUGGCUACCUAAAGUAACUUCACUCAAGGAUUCCAGGGACUUGAGCAAGGUACAACUUGAUGAGCUCUUAGGAAAUCUCAUUGACUAUGAGAUAACCCUCAAAAGAGAGCAAGUGGAGGAACCUAACAAAGCCAAAAAGACCAUUGCCUUCAAAGUAUCUUCCGAAAACUCAAGUGAUGAAGAUAAUGAGUUUGAUGAGGAAGAAUUGGCUCUAAUGACAAGGAGAAUAAGGAAGAUGCUCUUCCAAAACAAGAAGUUCAUCCCAAAGAGGAACUUCAAGAAGGACAAGGGAGAAAGUAGCAAGAGGGAUCCUCCCAUAUGCUUUGAAUGCAACAAACUGGGUCAAAUUAGAAUGGAUUGUCCCAAAUUGAAGAAGCAUUUCAAGAAGUUCAAAAAGAAGGCACUUAAAGCAACAUGGGAUGAAUCAAGUGACUCCGAAGAUAAGGAGAUUGGUGAUCAAGUUGCCCAAAUGUGCUUCAUGGCAAUGGAGGAAAGCUCCAAUAAGGUAACUUUAAAUGAUGAUGUUGUUCAAUUUUCUUAUAAUGAACUAGUUAAUGCUCUUAAAGUUAUGAAUGAUGAACUAGAAUUAAGUCAUAAGAGAAAUAAACUUUUGAAAAGUGAACUUGCUAGUUUAAGGAAGGAGAAUGAGACCUCAUCUGAGGUGUGUUUGAAAUCCUCAAAGCUUAAAAGCAAGUGGUACUUGGAUAGUGGAUGUUUAAGACACAUGACCGGAAAUGCCAAUCUCUUCCUUUCACUUGAAAAGAAAGAUGGAGGUGGGCAAGUGACUUUUGGUGAUAAUGGUAAAGGUAAUCUUGAUGAGUUGACUCUUGAAGAUCUUCAAUCUAGUGGAAUUCAAGAUCAACACAUGGAAGAUCCCUUGAAGGACUUGGGAGUGGAUCAAGUUGAGCCUCAAGAGCAACAAGGUCAACUAGUUUCAUAUCAAGAAGUUCAACAAGAUCUACCCAAAAAUUGGACAUUCAAGAAGGAUCAUCCUAAAGACCUAAUCAUUGGUGAUACAUCAAAAGGGGUAACAACUAGAUCCUCUCUUAGAAAUAUAUGUAAUAACAUUGCAUUCAUUUCUCAAAUAGAAUCUAGGAGCAUAGAUGAGGCCAUUAAUGAUGAGAUUUGGGUACUUGCAAUGUAA